AUGGCCAAGUCAGCGCAAGGGAAGGAGCUUCUAGAGCUCUACGACAAGCUGCAGACCGCAGCGGGAAAGGCGGCGGAUUCGCCGGCGGACGAGGACCGCGCGCUGGAUCUGCUCGCGCAAAUGGCGGACUGCCACGUCAGCACGGAGAUUCUCAUGGAAACGCAGAUGGGGAAGCUGAUCCGCAAGCUGACGAAGCACACGUGCGCGGGGAUUCAGAAGGGCGCGGGGAAGUUAGUGGAGCAGUGGAAACAGGUGGUUGCCGCAGAGGCGCGGGGCGGGGGAGGCGGGAAGGAGAAGGACCAGGAACGGGGGAGGAAAGAGGGGGAGCGGGAGGGGAAGAGGUCAGGAGAGUCGGAACGGGGAUCUGAUGGGGGGAAGGAGGGGGGGAAACCGGGGCGGGGCGGAGACGACGAGGACGGGAAAAGCGUGGGUAACGGGGGAAGCGGUGCGAACGGCGCAAACGGCGCGAGCGGGGGGAAGGAACGAGACGGAACGAAGGGGAACGCGGCGGAGAAAGCGAAAGGCGCAGGAGGCGCAGCAGCAGUGCCGUUCAAAACAAAGAUGCUGAUCAAAACAGGGGACGUGAUGCGGGACCGGCCUAGGGAGGCAGUGCUGCAGGCGCUGUGCCUGGUAGCGGGGGAGGUGCAGGGGGAGGAGGAGGAGCGCGCUAGAGCCGUGGAUGUCACUUCUGUGGCUAUGGAGGUCGAGACUGAGCUGUGGCGCAAGUAUGGCGCCACCAAGGACCUCAAGGACUACAAGAACAAGUUCCGGUCCAUCUCGUUCAACCUCAAAGACCCCUCGAACCCGGACCUGCGGCGGCGCGUGCUACUAGGCGACGUAUCCGCGGUUGAUCUAGCAGUGAUGUCCCCCGAAGACAUGGCGAGCGACUCUCGCAAGCGCGAGAACGAGGAGGUGAAGCGCAAGAAGACGUUUGAGGCGAUGCGCGGGCAGACCAUGGGCGCGACGACGGACAUGUUCAAGUGCGGCAAGUGCAAUCAGCGGAAGACCACGUACUUCCAGAUGCAGACGCGCAGUGCUGAUGAGCCCAUGACCACGUAUGUCACGUGCCUGGUGUGCCAGAACCGGUGGAAGUUCUGCUAG